AUGUUGAGACGCGAACUGUUCCCGCAUGAAGGACGGCAGGAUGCCCCCUCCUCCGUCUCUUACGAGGCGGUUGUCGAGCUCGCCCCAGGCGAGCCAUCCGACGAUGAGCAACUGGAGCGCGAAUUUCUCGAAUCUGCUCCUCCCAUGGACGAGCUGCAAUGGGGCGAGGUGCUUCAGCUGCGGCAGCUCGUGGAGAAGCACGGCAUCCCCUUUGAGCCUGUAGAGAAAGCCCUGCAGGCCAAGAGUCUGCCCGUGAGCCAGCAUGCGCUGGUGCAACUCACGGAAGAGGACCUGAAGAAACAGAAGGACCUCAAGAUGAAGCCACGCAAGCAACUCCUCAACCUCAUCAACACGCUGCAGGAGGAUGAGAGCGCGCAGUUCGAUCUGGCCACAUUCUUGCACGCGUGCCUGCACGACAUGGAGGAUUGCUACGACCUCGCCACCGCCACACAGGCCACGCUUCUCGACGCCGAGAUCGUCAAGUUCGAUGACCUCAUGAUGCUCAACAUGGGCGAUCUGGCCGAGCUCAACCUUAAUCCAAAAGUGACCGAACGUUUGGGCAUCAUGAUCCAAAUAUUCAGCGGCUCGCACCUGACGGAAAUGGAGCGAUUGCACGCUGCCCUAGCGAAAAUGAUCGAGGACCGACAGGGCGACCAGAUCACGCCCGAGCUGUGGCAGCACUGCGAGGAGAGCGCCCGACUCUACGCCUUUGUGGACCGCAUGCUGCACGGAUGUCCGCUUCCCGGUGUCGACGCCACGCGCAUCCGGCGAAUCUCGAACUCGCUCACCUAUUUCGUGGAUCGCAAGCACCUGUUCUCGUUCAACGAGAACAACUGGGAGCGGCAACAGCAAGCCGAACAAGAGCACGAGAUCAUAUCCCUCUCGGGCGACGGCGUGUUCAGGACAUCGCCCUACACGGCCACUCUGCAAACGUCCCUCCAGCAGUGCGCGCUCGAUGACAGCUUCACCGUCACGUUCGUUGGGUCGACGCACGCCGGUAAGUCGUUUGUCAUCCGGGAGCUCAUGAACAUCCGCAAUCCCCUCAAACCACCCACGAUUGGUCGACCGGCCUACCUGGAGAAAGAAGGCGGCGGCACCAGUCUCAACGCCUGCUGCUACUUCGAACGCCUGAAGGACACCGUCCUGCAAGACCAAAUCUGUAAAUUUGUAGACAUGGAGGGGUAUAAUGCGGCGGGAGGACGCGCGAGGCGUCACGGCGCUGCGGCGGCUGUGGCAGCGGCACAAGACCUGUUCACGAAAAAGAGAGAGGAGUCGGUGGAGCAGCAGCUGCCUCGGCUGGCCUACCUGCUCAGCGACGUCAUCAUAUUCGUCGACGUCGUCGACGCAGCCAACAAAGACUAUUUUGAUCGCGUGUACCAGUUUGCAUUUUCUGCGGUGGACCGCAUCGCCUCUGCGCCCAAGCCGUCCCUCAUCAUCCUCCAAAACAAAUGCGGCCAGAGCUCCCAGCUCAAUGUCGAUUUGGCAACGGAGCGAUUCUGGAACGAGCACGAUCCGCACAGAACGUUGAGCAACGUCUACCAGGACUUGCGGUGGGUCUCCGUGCCCGACUUCACCGACCCCAACUUCUUUCCGCAGAUGCAGAAGCUCAGGGAGGAGCUGGCGACGAUGCUGAACGCGCAGAAGGAGCGGCGAGUGGUGAAGCUCACCAACGAGCUGUGGCGCGCGAUGCAGCACUACGUUGUCGACAAUUUUGGAUCCAACCACUUCUCGGUGGGCGCCUUCCUCGCGCAGCACUUCAAGUCCGGCUCGCCCAUGGCCGACCACGUCUUCUCGCGGUUCAUGCGCCAAUACGAGCGGCACAGCGCUCUCAACUACCCCGCCAAGCGCAGCCCACAAUUCAAGAAAUUCUGCGUUGAAGCGGUGCAUUUUUUGGCGGCGCUCUGGGUGUGGACCAACAAGACCGAGGAGAACGGGGAGCCCCGCCUCCCUCCGAUAGAGGGAACGACCGACACAGCGGAGGCCCAGAGGAAAGAUCGGUUGACCAAGACCCAUGACAAAUCUAUCGCUCUGAAAGCGGAUUGGAUUCUGGACAAUCUGCUGUCGUCGCUACAGAAAUCGUGGCCGUGCGACGCCCUCUGUGACUUUGGCACCAACUCAGGCGAGGGCGACAUUUACUGCACCCAGACCCUUCUUUCCGGCCACACCGCCCACCGCAGCCCCCUCAAGGUUGACAUCAUCACCCAGGGCGGUUGGUGGCUGCGCUUCAAGUCCUUCUUCACGCGGGGCGUGCCAGCCGUGUGGCCCGGCGAGUACCUAAAGGCCAAGGUGGGCAUCACCCACGAACGGCUGUGCGAGGAGUUCCACGUCGCCCUCUUCUCCUUCCAGCAGAUGGGCGUUGUCGAUUUGUUGGACUGUCUCCACCGGUUCGUCGACCUCCAGCCCACUUCGGCCUCCAACUGCGCUCUCUGCGGGCGCCUGCUGGACAUCUCCAUGAAGUGCUUCUUCUGCAAUCAGCCUUUCACGCGCCUCUUCCGCUACCACCUGUUCACGCGGGAGUACGUACGCGCAUCGAUCAAGAAGAACGACACGCAGAAGUACAACGUCCGCUUCCUCUCGCCCGUCUUCGAGCCCUACCACCGCCAAAGCGACCAAUUCGAAAUUCAGCGGGCGGCCAACCUGGUGUACUGCCUGAAGCAGCACGACCUGACCGUGAUCGCGGAGAUCCAGAUCCCCAAGAACAACACGGUCAUCGUGCACCUCUCCGAGGAGCUGCAGUACCGGCUGGGCUCGCAGCUCAACGAAGGCCGCCUGUUCACCCGAACCGCAGCGUACAUUGAGUACCGCCAUCCGAUCAGCCUCCACCUGUGGGCGGCGUUGAUGCACUACCAAGCCACCGAAGACCGGCUCGAUGACAUCAUCGUGGAUCAGAUUUCCAGCAAAUACGACGGGCAGGAGCUCUCCUCGACGAUCAUCGCCUGUCUCUUCCUCUACCGCCUCACCAGUCACCUCUGGGACCUCUAUGAGGAGGCUGAUGAGGAGAAGAAGGGUCCGGCAGGCUGGGACAUCGCCGGCGGGCUCAAGACCCAUCUCGAGUGGGUGCUGGACAUGGCCGGCAUGUUCCUCUUCCCCCGAAAGAAGAGCGGCGGCGACGACGCCGCCACGCCGGCCCUCUCCAUCUUCUCCCGCUUGCUGACCCAGGCGCCCACCCUCAAGUUCGUGGCGACGGUCAUCAGUGACAUCGUCGCCUGGGACGCCUUCCGGGACCUCAACGAAUGCGGACCCAGCUUCUGCCUGGCGCUCCUCUUCCGCUUCCUCCUCACCCAGAACCUCAAGGACCAGAAGCGCGAGGCGGCCCUGCCCACCGUCGACGAGUGGUUCCACAACCGCGUCGCCUUCCUGCGGCGCCUCCACUCCCCCGCUACGGCCACCGCCGUCGGGGCGCAGAUGACGUCGCUCUCGCUGUCAUCGGGAUCGUCGCCGGUGCCGUCGCCCUCGUCGUCGUUCGGCGCGCUGCCCCCGUUCCGCAUGUCCGUGCCCACCGCCAUCCCCAACACGCCCUCGCCCACGCCCUCCCGGUCCACUCCCACGUCGCCCCGCGGACACAGCAGCCACGGCCACGGCAUGCCGUCGUCCCUGGCCACCGCCCACUCCUACUACGCCCCCUCGGCCUCAUCGCCCUAUCCUAUCUAUUUUGCCUCCAGUAGCGGUUCGGUGCCGACGCGGCCAGGGUUUGCUUCGCCGUUCAAGGCGCCUCCGCCAUCGCCGUCGACUUCGCUGGGUUCGUCGGGGUCGUCUUCGUCCUCCACCCCGGGCAGUUCGUAUUCCUCGCUGCCCUCUACACCCUCCUCGUCGAGCGAAAUGAUGGCCGUUCCGGCCGUCGAUCUCAAACUGUGGAUACUGGUCACCGAUUGGAUUGCCCGCUCGCUCUGCACCAAGACCUGGUACCAGUAUAUAGGGUUGAUCGGUGCGGUCGAGUGGGUCUACAGCACGCUGCCCAAUGCCGAAAUCGCACAGAUGGUGGAGCGCAUCCACGAGCAGGCCAGCAAGGAGGCCAUGCUUUCCACCACCUCGCCCAUUGCCCUGUGCCAGGACCAGUGGCGAAUCUUGAAGAGCGUGGUCAUCGACAAGUACCUCGCCGCGCGGUCGGCCAGCCACGCGCGACGAAGAGCGGCCGCGGGAGGCGAAGGCGAGAAGCAGACCAACAGCGGCGUGUCUGGCAGCAGCGCGGCGGCCUCCAACAAGGACCCGUCCGCCACGCCGACCACCCAUCCACGAGACAGCUCCGACGACGAAGGCGAGUUCUUCGGCAAGCUCUACUAG